UGUAAAUGUCUCUUUGGAAAAAAGAAAUCAGACGUCAGCACGUCUGUCCCCCUUCCGGUGUCGUACGGUUACUGCGGCGGAUGUUGAUGUUUUGUUUCGGAGCUGGCUGAACGAUGUGAACUGUAUCGUCUCUGGGACGGGUUGAUAUUUUUUGUGGUUGUCUUCACGGUUCUCUUUGUACUCUUCUCUCGGUAAGGUUUCGCUGUUCUUCGGCAUCGUGUCUCUCCCGGUGUCUCUCCCGGGAAGCGCGAGGCCGAGUCGUGCGAUGAUGGAGGACUUUGAUGAGAUCUACGAAGAGGAGGAGGAGGAAGAGGAGGACGAGGACAGGGCCGCGGAGGAGCAGCUCCUCAAGUACGCUCCGGACCCGGUGGUGGUGCGAGGGUCCGGCCACGUCACCGUGUUUGGGCUUAGUAACAAAUUUGAGUCAGAAUUUCCUUCAGCACUUACGGGAAAGGUGGCACCAGAGGAAUUCAAAGCCAGUAUCAACCGUGUGAACAGCUGCCUGAGGAAGACGCUGCCAGUGAAUGUGCGGUGGCUCCUGUGUGGCUGCCUCUGCUGCUGUUGCACAUUGGGCUUCAGUUUAUGGCCUGUCAUCUGCCUCAGCAAGAGGACAAGAAGAUCUAUAGAGAAACUUCUGGAGUGGGAGAACAGCAGACUUUACCACAAGUUGUGCUUGCAUUGGAGACUAAGCAAAAGGAAGUGUGAAACCAACAACAUGAUGGAAUAUGUAAUCCUAAUAGAGUUCUUACCUAAGAUCCCCAUCUUCAGACCGGACUAGUCCGACUGCGGCUGAUCUUAAACCUCCACUGCUGCACCACUAUGGUUGUCAAGCUCCCAAAUAAUUACCUUUCCCAAAAUACUCCCAAUAUUUUUGUUUACAGGGUAGCAUUGAUCCUCCCCCCUGUUCUCUCACACAUACCUUCUCAUACCACCCUUGUUUACAAAUCCAGCAUCCCAACACUUGUUUUUGGAGUGACUUCACCAUUGAACCAUGACCUAUCAGGCGAGCUGGCACACUGUCAAGCCAUGCUAACCAGCACCAGCCUGUGAGAUGUCAGGGGAGAACCAGCCAUGGGCAGCGUUAUGGAUUUUGGAACUAGAGCUGGAGACUGGACUCUCAAAUUGAGUUCUGUGAGCUACAACUGGAAUUUUGUCACUUGUAUGUUCCCUAAGCACAUGGCACAGUCAGACCAUGAUACUUACUGUCUCACCACCAACUUCACCUGCAAAAAAUAUACCCCAGUGCUUUUGUAACAGUUGGAUUGGAGCUCUAGAUAAUUACUAGAAGCUGUAGAGGCAACAUAACAUGGAACUCCAAAGGAACCUUCAUCCAAAUCAGCUCUGCAGCGGACAGACUAGUCAUACAGGAACAUGUUGGGCCUGUGGUCAGAACACCAGAACUGAAUAAUGUCACUCUUCUUAUCAACUACCAGACAUCCUUAUCCUCUCACCUCCUUCUGCACACUUCACUGUGCAUCACCCUAACCCAGUGACAAUCACACACUGACUGUUCUCUCCGUAGUAUGAAUGGGUCUUUAUGCUACACAGUUUACCUGGAACAAUUUGUUUUCAGCAUUAUGUGUGUCCAGGUGAUGGGCUGGCUGCCUACCAACAGCAUCUGAGUCGCAGUGGAACAUGUAAGCUGGAAAGAAGGCCACUAGCGAUGAAGAGAAGAAACCAUUUUUUCUUGUCUUUUUUUUUUUGUAUUUCUAGUUUUGUUAACUGUUUUGGUGAAAGAGAGGCAGUCAAUGCUUGCAAAACUGCUCACUGUGUUGUGUAUGUGUGUGUGUCAGAGAAAGAUAAGCAAAAAAGAGACAAAUCAGACAUGAAGAGAUACUCUUUACUCUGUAAAGCAGGGUUCUUCCUUUGCCAUAACCAAUCUUUGUUACUUUUGUUGUAGUAAUUUAUAAAUGUGUGAGUCUGCAUAUAAUAUGUGCAUUUGUGAAAUAGGCCUUGGUUGUUGGGUUUUUUUUUUUUUUGGUUUUUUUUUGCAAAGAUUGUUUCCUUUUUGUCUUUAUGGUCAUGUGUCAACACUGAAGCACACAAUCGCUUUGUCUUUAACACCUUCACAUGGCCUCUUCCUUAUCUGCUGAUCCUGGCUUAAUUAUGAGUGUAAAAGAUGUGGCUCUUGUGAGAAAGUUCCUCUGUAUAAGAUAUAAUCUGACUCAUUACAUUCAGAGGUCUGGGGUGACCAAAAGUGUUAGGUCCUCUUUAUUAUGUGUUAGGUAAUACCAGGGUUCUGUAUCAUGAAGCAGGAUUACUGAAGUUAGCUUGAUAACUGCACUGAGUAAUACCAGACCUUUCCAAAAUCAGGAACAUGGACUUAAAGCUGCACUUAUCAGUAGUUUUAUAUUAACAAUGUAAAUGUAAUGUGAAAGGGGUUACAUGUAAUGAUGAACGUACCCAACUCUGCAAUUCUCCUUAGCUCUACGGAGCGUUUUAGCAUCUUUCACCUCAUUGUUUUGGUUUUCUGGCCUGCAACUUUAAUGUUUUGGCUCAGUUUCACUGCUCUCAUCAGUCUUGUUUCCAACAGCAGCAGGCAGCUGUUUUCAGAGGAAAAGCUCUGAUAAACCCACUGUUCACUACCUAUCCAGCACCAACAGCAGACAGACACAGUUGGCAACUAGCUGGUUAACAUAGUGCAGCAUUUAGCAGCUAAAGAGCCAGAUAUUUCCCUUAGGAGUUAAUGGAGACCGAUAAUGGAGCUAAAAGGAGAGUGAAUAGUGUACUUACAUUCAUCAGGUGGCCAGAAACACAAUUAAUAAUGAUGUGUCUACUGGAUGUGUAAAUAGGCAACUGUUGGCUAACAAAUUUGUUAUAUUAACAUAAUAAUUUGAUAACAUGUCAAUCAAUGCAGGUUUAAGUAAAAAGACUUGUUCCAGGCUCGAUUUAGAUCAGUUAUCUAGCUAACUAACAAUCCUGCUUUGUGAUAAAGGCAUAAGAGUAUUUUUUUUAAACUGUUGACAUACAACAUAGAACCAUUUGCCAGCAAGGCAGAACAGAAAAAGAAGGCCCUUUUGAAUAUGGUAUAGAUUAAGUUUUUCCUGCUCAGCACACCUCUUGAUUUAUAAUAAGAUUCAACAAAGCCACUUAGUUUUAGGUCACUCAGCUCUGUAUGGGUCAUACUCAGGGGAUUAUACUAGAUAAACAACAAAAUGUAGUGAAAAUCUCACUGUCAGAUAUGUUCCAAAGUUACACCGGGGGUCAAGUAUACCAUACAAAUCAUGCGUUACUUGAAUAACUGUAAAAUUAGUUUGUUUUGAAAUUGAAAAAUGCCACUAACAAAAAGACAACUAACCUUUCUGUGCUCUUCCUGUUUAGAUAGGAAAGGAAGCACAUAUUGCACGGACACACAAAGCUCAGACAUUGUGUUGGUUUAUGUUAAAAGACCCAAAUUCACUUGAUUACCACUGGGUUGCCUGUUGAUUCAUCAGUCACUUUUCUAUAUUUUUGAUUGUUGUCUGUUCUAUGUAAAUCAAGGCAUAAGGCCAUAUGCAGAUAUUUGUGGUGUGUGUGUGUAUGUGCAUGGUAUAUGCAGAGGCAAAUGGUCUUUGUAGUUCUCAGACUGUGAUUGAACCCUGCACAGAAAAUGAGUCCUUUUUAUAUAAUCUGGGGUGUUUUUGUGUGUGUGUGUGUGUGUGUGUUUGUGUGUGUGUGUAUGAGGAAGAGAAAGAUAUAUGUACAUAUGACUCAUGAGCAGGUGUAUGUACAGUAAUAAGCUACCAAUAAACAAAGCUAUGGGCAUCCUC